AUGGCUACAACGUUAUCAUGUUGCUUCACAGUGGCUCUUUUCAUGGUCUUUCUAAUGGAAAGUCCGAGUUCGUGUUUGGCUAAUAUGAAUGUAAUUGAUAAAUGUUGGAGAGGGAACCUUCUUUGGCGAAGUCAACGACAACAAUUGGCCAAAUGCUCCGUCGGUUUUGUCGGCAAAAUGAUCAACAACAUUGGUAAAGACGUCGUGAAAUACAAGGUUAUUGAUCCUUCCGACGACCCUAUGAGUCCUAAAUCAGGGACCCUUCGUUAUGGAACCACAAUGAUCAAAGGAAAAGUAUGUAUCACAUUCAAAAAUAGCAUGACCAUCACACUCCAAAGACCACUUCUUUUAAGCAGCUUCACAGCCAUUGACGGUCGUGGCGUCGAUGUCCACAUAAAUGGCGCUGGAUGUCUGUUGGUGUACCAAGCGACCGAUAUAAUCAUCCAUGGGCUUCGUAUCCACCAUUGUAAGGCCCAACCACCUAGCACUGUGAUGGGUCCAAACGUGAAGGUGAUCCCUUUAGGCCAAAUGGAUGGAGACGCUUUAAGAUUGGUCACCGCAAGGACAGUGUGGAUCGAUCAUAACACAUUGUAUGAGUGCCAGGACGGCUUAUCAGUUGGAGCUUGCAUGUACUGA